AUGUCUUCAUACCAGUCAAUUCUGCUGCAAAACGCUACUAUCCUUGUUCCAAAAGGCCCUGGGGACGAUCAUGUCAUUCCACUCAAGAACCAUUCGUUGCUGAUCGAAGGUAACAGAAUCGCUCGCAUCGCGCCUCAUAUUGAUCCUUCAUCUAAGUCAACUGAGGUUAUCGAUUGCUCAGCAAAGAUCAUCUCACCUGGAUUUGUCGAUACUCACCACCAUGUUUGGCAGACUCAACUCAAAGGACGGUAUGCCGACCAUUCGCUGUUAGAGUACAUGGUACCGGGAAACAUGGCGUCACAUAGCUACAAGCCUGAAGAUGUUUUCUGGGGCCAGCUUGGUGGAUGUCUCGAAGCCCUCGAGGCUGGAACGACUACAAUUGUGGACCACGCCCAUAUCUCAUAUACUCCAGAUCAUAACAACGCUGCUCUUUCAGCGACCCUCUCAUCUGGUAUCAGGUCUAUCUACUGUUACUGUCCUACCGGCCGCGUCAAGACCUGGAAGCCAUUCGAAAUGGAGGAAGAAUUCCUUCCAGCCUGGCUUUUCGAGCAGUUAACCUCAAUGUGUAAAGCCGGUCCGUUCGCCAACGGUCGGGUGACGAUGGGUUUUGCGUUCGACUCCUUCUACCUUCCAAAGGAUGUCGUUAUCAACAUCUUCAACCAAGUCCGUGGACUGGGCAUCAAGACGAUAACUUCUCACUAUGUCCCAAGCCUUCUCCCGGGUUCGACCGUAGACCUACUUGAAAGCUAUGGGCUUCUUGAGAAGGACAUCCUUCUCUCUCACGCGACUCCACUGAACGACUCUGAUGCACAGAAACUACAGAGAGUCGGAGCAUCAAUCUCCUCGACUCCAGACAUUGAGCUCCAGAUGGGUCACGGCUGGCCCGUCUGCUUUCAGGAAAAUGCCAAGUCAAUUAGCUCUCUCGGCAUCGACUGCCAUAGUAAUAACACAGGCAGCAUCGUCGCUCAGAUGAAAGUUGGUCUUCAGGCUGAACGUGCUCGCCGCAAUGACCGAAUCCACGAAGCAGGAAAGAUCCCUGCCAGAGUUCAGGUUUCUGCCCAAGAUGCAUUCCAGCUUGGGACAAUUGGCGGCGCAAGGGCGAUCAAGAUGAGCGAUCAAAUUGGUUCCUUGGAGGAGGGCAAAAUUGCUGAUCUUUCAAUAUGGGAUACGUUGAGCCCUGCGAUGAUCUGUGCCGCCGAGGAAGAUCCAAUUGCUGCUAUCAUUUUGCACUCCGCUCCCUCUGACAUCGAUGCUGUUAUAGUUGAUGGCCAAUUCAGAAAGCGAAAUAGACAAUUAGCAACAACUAAACUGGACUUGGAACUCAUGCCUAAUAUGAAGCACGAGAAGUCUGAUGUACAGUGGCGUGAUGUUGCAACCGAGCUUUUGAAGAGCCGCCAGAGCAUUUUGGAGACAGAGAAGGCUAGCGGUGCUGAUGAUCCAGAGGCAGGGUUUGAGAACAUAGUGAGAAUAUUCGGAACCGACAAGGACAAGUUGGUUUAUUAA